UUUAAAUUACGGAAACAGCGACGACGACGGAGGCAGCGGCGACAAGAACGACAACGAUGAUGGAAUAUUCCCGGAGCAAAGCGCGGAGGGGUCAAUGAAUGCUUUCGACGACCACCACGAAGCCGUCGCCGACGUCAGCGACGGCGAAGGUAGCGUGAAGGAGCACAAGGUUGCCGCCGGCGGAUUCAUCGCCAAAAAUUUCAACUUCGCGGCGGCGGACUUGAACCGCGGCGGGAUCAGAAGCGUUUCCUUCGACGGGUUGAGCGAGAAGGAGUGGAGGCUGUUCCUGGAGCGGUUUGAGAGGCUGCUACCGGACGCAUUCAAAACGAGGAAGAGUACGGGCCACAGAGGUUUGGUACCUCGUGCAAGUUAUCACUCACAGAACAAAAUUAAUUAUUCUUAA